UCGACUGAGAUACCAGGUGGCUGCUGCUUUCACCAUGGCUACUGCGAGACAUUGGUACACCUUGGUUGGUUUUUCCGACGAGUUGGACUGGAGACAGUUGGCCUUCGUGGAGCCUAUUCCACCAAACAGAAUAUGUAAAGCGUGUGGCCUCGUAACCAGAGUGACCGCUUUUCUGCCUUGCCUGCACGUUUUCUGCAGGAACUGCUACGAGCAGUGCCGCCAUGAUGACCAGCAUAGUUGCCCACUCGAUGGUCAACUGACCGUGGAAGAAGAUGUCGAAUGGAUUGAGUUCCCUGUGGAGAACCUGCUCAAAAGGAAGGUGAAGUGCUGGAACGAAGACCAUGGUUGCGACGUUAUCUUACCUGCAUCGGAACUCCACAAACACUUUUACAAACAAUGUGACUGUCACUGCACUUCUUGUCCGAAGUGUUCGAUGAUCGUUCGCUGUAACAACGUGUGCUCGCACAUGCAGAGCGAGUGCAGGGAUCAUGUGAUGACUAUGGCGCCCAGGAAUCCACACGCUAAGACAAAUGGUGAAAAAGGAAUAGUGAUGACAAUGAAUGCCAAUAUCGACAAACGGGCAGAUGAAAUGAAAGUGAUCUUAGAUCACCUUAAACUGGAAAAUGACGCGCAAAGUAACCGCCUCGAUGACAUUUCACAUUGCAUGAAUACGUUCAAAGAAACACUGCUAGAGAUAUUAAACAAAACUAACAGAUUUGACAGUGGUACUUCCUCCUCAGAAGCAAUCAACGAAGCUCUGAACGACCAAGCUGAAAAGCUGCAGCAGAUUAUUGGGACAAUAAGCACUUCACACAAAACACUGAACGAAGGCUUGCGAACUUUGGAACAACUGAAACAGGACAUGCCGAGUGCUCUGGAAGCGCACUUGAGAGAAUUCUUUACCAUUGGGAGUGUUGCGCUACAGGAAACUCUUCGAAAAGAGUUUGCGGUUACCGGGAGAAAAGGCUGCAGCAACUGCGCAGAAAGUGUUGGCAAGAUUGCUGGAGUAAAGGACUGCUUCACGCAAGCUGAUUCAAGUGCAAUAAACUAUGAAAAAUGCCCUGUUCAAUAAGUGAGCAUAGAAGAGAGUUCACUAUAGAAGGAUACAAAGCAAAGAAGGAAAGCACUUCUUCGAAAGGAAAAGUUUAUUGGGGUGAAACUAUAUACUACUCCUACCAUUUCAUUUCUCCUGGUGCUUACUUUCUUCAAGACAAAAAUCGUGCUUACCUGUAUCCCUAUAUUCAGGUGCACCAGGGGUUGACCAAGGUUCAUGAAUACCCGCUCAAUAGAAAUUUUCAAAUGACCAUUAAACACCCAACGCAAAACAAAGAGUUCCGCAAGGACAUUGACGCUGGAAUGAAUGCUGCGAACUAUGUCGAGCCUCACGAAAUAAUUAGUAAAUCACGACUUGUUACUUUAUGCCGAUUGGACUUGGAUGAACAGGAACGUGAAGGAUAUGUCGCGGACGACAAGCUUCGGGUUGUAUGCGAGCUUUUUUUCGGAAGUCUAAUCAGCGUGAAAACAAAGAUGACAUAAACAUGUCCACAUCUAUGCGUACAUGUGAAUCUAUGUGGCCACAUCACUGACGCAUAACACAGCCUUUCAGUAACGUCGUAUUACUUUAGAAAUUACCUAUAUAUAGAAGAUGAAGUUUCAAUAAAACACGAACAUCUCUUUGUUUGCUCUAACCACC